AUGCCAAUAAGCUCGUCCAUCCGCCUCCCCCGCUUCGCGCCCUCCGCCGCGCACCUGAGCACCCAAUCGCGGGCGCCCAGUGCCGCGUUCCUCCUUCGCCCGCACGGCCUGCCACCCUCUGGAGAACUGCGGUGUGCGGGCGACGUCCACUCGGAGAUCAGGGUGUUGCACCAUGUCCCCGCGAAGAUCGUCAGCAAGGCUCGCAGGGAAUUGGUGGUCAUCGAGGAGGUCGAGUGCGAGCACCUCGGCGGUUUCGAGCCCAUCCACGCGUCUCCUACUGUAUGGUACAAGCUCCUCAAACUCAUCCUCGACUUGACUUCGACGCCUCCGGGUCCACCCUUCCCUACGCCCAUCCGCCCCUCGCCCAACCCAAAGGCGUGCGGCUGUCCCUCACGCAUCUCCCGCAAGCCUUCUCCAUACCAGCUCCUGAUGCUCGACCUUCUGGGUUGGCAGUACCUCAGGCGGAUGCACGACACGAUCCAGAUGGCCUGGCUCGGGCUUCCCUCGCACUAG